UCUGCGGGGGCUGUUAAUGGGGAGGUCUCUGUGAAGCAGCAGCCUACCUGUUGGAGCUCAUUGCGGCAGAGUUCGCGAAAGCUGAGUGCACCUAAGGAGGGAGAAGAGCAACUGAAACAUGUCUCAAAGACUUUUCCUCUGCGCUGUUUUGGCCGUGUAUCACGGGACGCUGACUUGCACUGGAUUUAAUAUAGAUGAACGCUUUCCUGUGAUCAAAGAGGGGAAAACCAGCGGCAGCUUGUUUGGACUCUCAGUAGCUUUGCAUAACCAGACGGUGGGCUCCAGAAAAUACCUGCUUCUCGUAGGAGCGCCCAAGGAGAAAGCACCAUCUCUACGAAAUGUCAAUGAAACCGGUGCCGUCUACUCGUGUCCCAUUACAACCGACUCCACUGACUGCUCCAGAAUGGGCCUGGUUACUGAAACAAAUCCCACUGAGAUGGUGGAGGGCAUGUGGUUGGGCGUGACAGUGGCCAGUCAGAGGAGCCAGCCGGCAGGACGCGUGCUGGCAUGUGGACAUCGCUACGUGAAGUUUAUCCAACGUGGCUCAGAGAACCACUGGCGGAUGAUAGGAAAGUGUUACAUAAGGAGCAAUGACCUGACCUAUGACCCAAAUGAUGACUGGCAGACAUACAGUUAUGAGGUCUGCAAUCCCUACUACGACAUGGAGUAUGAGGGCAUGUGUAGCAUGGGCAUCUCAGGUGGCAUGACGGACACUGAUGUCUAUAUAGGCUCUGCAGGAAGCUACAUGUGGCAAGGAAAUAUUCAUGUAAUAUGGAGAGAUCCGGUGGAACCCUUGUUAUCUUCUGAAAUAACAUUUGGAGAUCUAAAUACACGAUACAGUUAUAUAGGUUAUUCAGUUCUCGAAGAGCAGAAGCUGCUGAGCAGUGAUGGCUUCACAUUGGUGACAGGGUCUCCCAGACAUGACUCUAAGGGUGCUGUGAUGUUUGGGAAUAAGACUCAAAAAGUCAUUUCACUGGCACAGAUCAUUCCUGGGGAACAAGUGGGUUCCUACUUUGGAAACAGCCUGGCAGUCACAGACCUGAACAAUGACAGUUGGAAUGACCUCAUCGUGGGCGCUCCAUUUUACUUUGACCAUAUCAAUGACAAGGGAGGAGCAGUGUACGUUUUCAUGAACGAAAAUGGAUUUUUCCAGAAGACCACCAAAGUGGUGCUGAAGGGCCCAUCCCAUUCUGCGUUCGGACUUGCAGUGGCUGCCAUUGGUGACAUCAACCAAGAUGGAUUCCAAGACAUUGCUGUUGGAGCGCCGUUCCACGAGACAGGAAUGGUCUAUAUAUGGAUGGGAAGUAAAACGGGACUGUUAAAGGAGCCUCAUCAGGUCAUUAAGGGUAAGUCAGUGGGGAACGGAUUCCAGACCUUUGGCUACUCCAUCAGUGGAGGGAUGGACGUGGAUGACAACGGUUACCCUGAUAUCUUAGUCGGCUCUCUGGAUAAUCGCAUUGCUCUGCUCAGAGCUCGACCAGUUGUGCACUUAACCCAAGAAUUCACUGUCGAGCCCAAGAUUGUGGAUGCUGAUCUGUGCUCUGGAAAUAAAUUAUGCAUUACAGCCACUCUGUGCAUGUCUUUCACUCUAAGCAAUGGAAACAAAGAUUUCAAGAGAAGUAUCACGGUGACGUAUACUGUGGCAGCCGACAAGGUGAAAAGAGGAAGCCCUCGUGUUCGUUUCCAGACAAAUAAUGCUGACACUUACAUCGGCAGCAUGAGCGUGCCAUCUUCCAAAUCUGUGUGUCAGACUCUGAAUCUGGUUGUAGUGGAACCUGUGAAGGACAAACUGGAUCCCGUGGUCUUCCUCGUCAACGUUUCAUUACAUGAACCAACACCUAAAGCCGAGAAAUCCCCACAGAACCUGGACUUCUUCCCAAUUCUGAGCACGGAGCAGAAACUCAGUCAAAGAACUGAGAUUCACUUUCAGAAGGCAUGUGGGCCAGACAACAAAUGUACCAGUAACCUGCAGCUGACAGCAAAGUUUGUUGAACAAGAUAAUGAAGACAAGCCUUAUCCCAGUCAGGGCAAACAUCAAGUGCUCCAGUUCAACAGCACUGUGAAGAAAGUAGGACUGAUGGUAGAAGUUACCAACUAUCCCUCUGCUGGGAAGGUGGCUGAGGACGCCCACCAAGUCAUACUGAAUGUCACCAUCCCUGAAGUUCUGAAAUACUCUGGUGUCAGAUCAACGAACAACAAAGUUGAGUGCUCUCUUCACGAUACAGUCAUUUGUGAUGUGGGGAAUCCAGUUAGUGAAAAUGAAACGGUGUCUUUCCUGCUCGUGUUUGAGACAUCGGGGAUCACCCUACGCACACAAGAGAUUGAGUGUCAGCUGCUUCUGUCGACUCUUAGUGAACAGAGUGACCUAAUGCCCGUGCCUGUGGCCUUGCUGAUUGAAAACACCAUUCGCCCCAUCUUCUCCAUGCCAGAUCCGGUGGUGCAAACAAAGUUUGGUGGGACAGUGAGGGGCGAGUCGGCUAUGGUCAACACAAGUGACGUGGGCAGUCUGGUGGAGUUCACCUUUAAUGUGAACACAAUGGAACAACCACUGGGAGACAUGGGAACCCUGGCUGUGGAGUUUGAGUGGCCCCAUGAGGUACCAAAUGGCAAGUGGCUGCUGUACCUGACGAAGAUUGUUGUCAAGGGGAACUCAGAAAUGGAGUGUAAACCGCCAGGAAAUGUUGUCAACGAGCUUAACCUAACUUUGUCAGAGAGCAGGCCCAAGCGUACUAAACGACAGAUUGUAGUGGAAGAUGAGUAUGGCGUGACCCAGCCAAAUAUUAAUGAGCCACAGGCAGCAAUCACACUGCUUGGUACUCAAAAAGAGCACAGGACUUACCUGUUGGAAUGUUCCAAGGGGACAGCAAAAUGUGUGACGUUUUCCUGCCCGCUGCUCAACAUGUCGAAUACGGCCACAAUUUAUGUCCGUUCCCGGUUAUGGAACGGUACAAUGUUAGAGGACUAUUCCAAUGCAGAUAGAGUUACCGUGAAAGGCCAAGCCACACUGAAGCUUAUUAGCGCUCAAUCAAAAAUCAAGAUGGACAGUCAGACUCUCACGUUCAUAGUUGAUAUAGAAUCAGAGAAGCGGGCAGAGACGCCCGAUGAGCUUCCCCUAUGGAUCAUCAUCUCUGCAGCUGUAGCAGGAAUUCUACUGCUAGGAAUCAUCAUUCUUAUACUAUGGAAGUGUGGCUUCUUCCAGAGAGCCAGCAGGAGGGAGAUGUAUGAGGCCAAGGCCCAGAAGGCUGAGAUGAAGAUCCAGCCCUCUGAGACAGAGAGGCUAACUGAGGACUACUGAGGCCCCAUGUGUCUCCAAACAGCACACACCAUUGGGGCUUUUGGCUUGGCUUCUUCAAGCGGGCCAUCUACUACAGAAUAAUGCCAAAGCACCAGGGGGUGAAAAUUUGCAGGGCUGAGCGUUAUCAGUUGAAUCUGGGAUUUCAGCCUGAGGAGCCACAGAAAAAGUAUUGGAUCACGAGUUGGACAGAGAUGCAGCUUUACUACUACUGAGGCCUUUGCUUUGAACCCUGAACUGCUCACUGUCACUGUAGACUUGAAAAAAGGCCGAACAAGGAACCCUGGGCUAGAAUGAGCCACAUGGACCAACAUGGACCAACUGUGGAUAGUGCAUUCAUUUUUUUUUUUUUUAGUUGAUUUUUUUUCUAAUGAACUUUUUUUUCUGUGCAAUACACUGAACAUUUGGUUCCAGAGACUGUAAAUUGUUAAGUGCAUGUGAUGAAUGCACAUGUACAUUGGAAACUGAGUCACAUACGAGUAACUGGUUUUGAUUGUGUUGUAGGUCACAAUGUACUGAAAUUGUUUUCUGUAUGUGUAUUUUUAUAUCUUUUUUGUUUGUUUUCUGAAUCCUCUGAGAAAAGUUGUUGGUUGUUUGUUGUGUUGCUUUCCACCCAGCCCAUUUCCAUAUCUAAUCUGAGUCUGUGGUUAUUCUGCGUGAUUGUAAAGGUCUUUCCUGUUUUGUCCCCAGACAUUGCUUUGUGGUCAGUGACUCCGCUAGGGUUUUAAAUCUGGAGAUCGUUUUCUGCACUUAAUAUAAAGACCAGCAGCCGCUCGCAUAUGACCGAACGUGAAUGUCUAUGCCAAGUGUACGCUGACUUUGCAUUGCAAUGGUUUUGGGGGGAGCCUCAAAUGCAGAAAGUGGUAUUGUAUUUUUCCAGGUUAUGUACAUGCAUUGUUUGCCUGUUUUUAAGGAAACAGGGUUUGUAGUUGUAACGCUUUUAACAGCCCCAGUGGACACGCUGUAAUUUCUUGCAUUCCACACCAGUAGCUGUUGAAGCAUACUUGGAGCAGGCUAAAAACCAGUUGCUUCAUGUCUAUAUGUUGAAUUAGUCGUGGGAGUAAACUUGACUAUUAUUUAUUACACCUUCUUGGGCUAAUACAUUAACAAGCAUAUCUAAAGAAUGUCAUACAGGGAGUCACAACACUGGAUUAGUUAAUGGCAUGAUGUCUAUGUGGAGACUUUAAGCUCCAGCAUAGAUUGGUACGAAUGAAUUGUACAUAGUAACAAGUUACAUAAAAUUGACUGUUUUAAUGAAUUGCCCUCACUGAGCAUUGUGUUUUUACAAGUCAGUAAGUCUACACUUGGAUUGCUUCCAGGUGACUGUGGCCUCUGUAAAAGUAAACCUGCAACACCAAGGAUAGGCUAUACUGAUAAAACCCUGUUAUUUAACAAUAUCUGAUGGGACUAAGUGUUGCUUCACUGUUCCAGUCUGUGUUACCCGAGAGCCUGCAGGUACAGUAUUCUGUUGUGUAACUGUAGCCACUACAGAAGUUAUAUUGACUCUGUGAGUAAAGAGGGAAGGGCCGAAACCAAUUCACGAUCUCUUUUGUCUCCUGUGGUGGUGUUACUUCUUUUUGUUGUCGUUGUGCAUUUUCAUUGUAAUGAAAUUGUUUUUUUUUGCGUUUUUGGCCACAGCAGCUUUUGUUAGCAGUGAGAGAGACAGGAAAUGGGGGAAAGAUACAGGGGAAGACACGCGGGCAAAUUGGCGACAGGCCGGGACGCGAACCCACGCCGCCCGCACCACAACGCGGCAUAUGUAUGUGGUCGCCAGCUUCACCACUAAGCCACCCGGGCGCCCAUGAAAUUGUUUUUAACAACCUUUG